AAAAAUUUAAAAAAACAAAAAAAGAGCUCUCCAACAGACCUGAAUCUUAGAGUAGGAGAUCAGCUCCGGCGACGGUAGCUUCGCAUUUCUUUUAGCUUCCGAAGAUUGAAGAUGAAACUAGUGCCUGCAACAGUGGAUGAUGCUUCGCCAAAAGCUCUCCCUCCCGAGAAAUCUGAUCCCUCGGAAGAUUGGACUAUUGUGUUGCCGAGGCGUGGAAAGAAGAACAGAAUCGCCAACAAGUUUGUGAUCCCUAAACGGCAAAUGGAAGUGCAGUUAUGGGCACCGAUAGAUCUCGAAACUGAUCCAGAGAGAGAAUCAAAGCUGAAGCAAAAAAUGGAUACUUGUAUUCAGAAAUUCGAAAACUCCAAAUUCUACAGAAAUCUACUGAGCCAAAUCCGAAAUCCUGAUGUUUUGGAUAAGUUUUCCAAAGUUUUGGGAUCAGAGGAAAAGAUGCAGAUGGUAGUUUACGGGAUUGGUAGCAUCGAAUCAUUCGGGCCUCCCCGGCUGCAACUCUGCCUCGCCAUUUUGUUGCAGAGGAGCUUCGAUUGGAUCGGAGGAAUAGAACUGUUUGACCCGAUAAUCUCCCUGACAGAAUCAAAGGUCCUGACGUCUCUAGGCUGCACUGUUCUGUCAAUCAACGAGCAAGGCCGGAGACGAGCUGUGAAGCCUACGUUGUUCUUCAUGCCACACUGUGAGGCGGAACUGUAUGACAAUCUCUUGGAAGCGAAUUGGGAGGUGGGCCGGUUGAAUCAGCUGGUGAUCUUUGGGAAUAGUUUUGAGGCGUACGAGCAGCACGCGUCGGUGUGCAAGAGCUCGAGGAAGCAUGUGUUGGCUGUUCAGAGCUUCACUGAAGAGUUGGGAGUCGAUACUUUUUCCGAUGAUUCGUUUCGAGCAUUUCACGGUACGAGUUGGCAUUUUUUUGGCCCUCCUGCUGAAGCAGAUUUGCAAAUGAUUUUGACUUAAACCUGUGUAUUUCCUCAAAUGCAAAAGGUCUCAAAAGUUUAUACAAUACUCAUCUGUCUGCUAUUAAAUGUCUCGUUUCCGAAGCCAUUUCGGGAUGUCAAUUGACUUUUACUAUUAUUUGAUAAGUGGAUCCUACACUACACGCUACUAAUUCAUCCUAAUCAUAUUUAAUAUGUAAAUGUGAGAUUCAUAUUCCACUAGUAUAAAUAGCCGAAAACUUGACCUGAAAAGAUAUCUGACGACGUCGUUGCCGAUUAUGCCACGUCACCCGAUGAAUCGAUUGGCCCUGUGAAUGUAGCGUUUGUGAUUAGAAAGACCUAUGCUUGGAUAAGGAGAUUUUAAACCAUAACAAAAUAUAAUUUUGUGGAAAAAAAAUGUCAUUUUCAUUCCAUUUUAUUGAGAGUGUGACACUGAUUGAUGUAAUGGAAAUAAAAUUCGUAUCCAAUCACAAAUAAUCAAAACCAUUGUUACAACUAAAAAAAUUUAAGAUAUAAAAAACCAGCACCAGAUUUUUCUAAUGCAAUUUAUGGUGACAAAUGCACUCUCUUUUCAAAGUGGCCUUGCAUUUCCUUCAUCUAAUCUACCACACAAUUUUUCUACAAAUAUCAAACUUGAUGAAGCUAAGCCUCUAUACUUUAAAUUUCUCUUCCUCAAAAUGUUGAAGAGAAAUAAGAUGGCAGCGAGCGCGGGAAUCGGCCCUUCUCCGCCGCCAAUGGCUGCCCGGGAAUCACCCGAUGCCGGCUGGCCCAAGUGGGUUUAUGGAGGCGCCGUCGCCACGAGGAAAUCUAACUCCGAGCAUGAGGAUUAUGCAAUGAGGAGAGUCAGGGAAUCUGAGAAGGCUGAGAAGACUAUGCAUCUUAUUUGUUGGGGCGCCACUAAAUAGAGUUUUCGCUUCAGUCUCGUAUUUUAUUUCAUCAGUGUUCGAUUUGUUAGAUUUAUAUAGUAUGGUAUUGAAUCUUGUGUUUUGAUUUUGGUGAAGAAAUAACUUGUUGUUUCAGUAUUUUAUUUCAUUAGUGUAAUUCGAUAAUUUAAAUGUAUAUACUAUGAUGUUGUAUUUGAUUUUGGCAAAGAAAGUGGCCUUUUGUGUGUU